CUACCUCCUCCAUCACCAGCAUCAAACAAGCAACCACAAGCACCGCACAAGCUGAAGCGGUAGAGCACACACGCUCCCUUCCAGUUGAGGUCGAAGUAGCUAGCGAGGAGUGAGCGAUGGCCUCCGGUCAGCAGGAGAGGUCGCAGCUGGACCGCAAGGCCCGCGAGGGCGAGACCGUCGUCCCCGGCGGUACCGGCGGCACCAACCUCCAGGCGCAGGAGAACCUCGCCGAAGGGCGCAGCCGCGGCGGGCAGACGCGCAAGGAGCAGAUGGGGGAGGAGGGGUACCGCGAGAUGGGGCGCAAGGGCGGGCUGAGCACCAACGACGAGUCCGGCGGCGAGCGCGCCGCCAGGGAGGGCAUCGACAUCGACGAGUCCAAGUUCAAGACCAAGUCCUAGAUGAUCCGUUAGCCUAGCAAGCAAGACGACUGCUUAGUUGGUUGGUUUACCUUGCAGGAUGAAUAAUGUAGGUCAGGGAUCCUGACGUGUGCACGCAUGUAGGAGAUCAUAUGUACUAGAUCAUGUGUGCUUGGUGGUUAAUAGUAGCCGGUAGUCCGUACUAGGUACUGAUGGUCAGUCAGAGUCGUGUGUCCGUGUCAGUCGGAAGUGUGGUUGUGGCUCCGGCGGCUGGUCCGGCCUCUCUUCCCACCAGCUUUCCGCUGUAUCCUUGUGUUUCCAGUAAUGUAAGUCGUCGUUGCUGAAA